AUGAGUUUUAUAAUGAAGCCAACACCGAUUCUGAUUCUACUUUUGGCUUGUAUUGAUUGUGUUGCAGCUGAUUAUCAUUCUGUUGCGUCGACAAUCGGCGGUCUACUUGGACUGAUCAUUCUUAUUUUGGAUGUUAUUGCUGCUAUUGAAAUUUUUCGUUCGGGCAAGACAUUGAUUGAAAAAGUUCUUUGGGUUUUAUUUAUCUUCUUCUUUCCUAUUAUCGGUUUGGUUGUGUAUUUAUUACUUGGUCGUAAUCGAUCUCUUGGCAUCUAA